AUGAGAGCUCAUGUAAUGACGUUGGCUAACAGCAUUAUUGGUGUUAGCAUACUAGCUAUGCCAUUUUGUUAUAAAGAGUGUGGAAUAGUACUUUCAACAUUAUUAUUGGUGUUAAGUAAUUUUAUGUCAAGAGCCUCUUGUCAUUUUCUAUUAAAGUCUGCUAUUAAAUCGAGGACACGAGAUUUUGAAUUUCUAGCAUUCCAUUUAUUUGGAAAAUUGGGGAAAGUCACUGUUGAGUUGAGCAUAAUAAUGUUUCUAAUGGGAACUUGUAUUGCAUUCUUUGUUGUUAUGGGUGAUUUAGGACCACAGAUUAUUGGUGACACGUUUAACAUAAAAAAUACUACAGCUCUUCGUCCAAGCAUUAUGAUUGGUUUAGCUGCAUUUGUAGUGUUGCCGUUGGGGUUAUUACGUGACGUCAAUAGUUUAAAUACAAUUUGUACAGCAGCAAUAAUAUUUUAUGCUUGUUUAGUAUUUAAGAUUUUCAUUGAAGCUUUUGACAAACUUUUCUCUUCUGUUUGGGUUUCAGAAAUAUACUUUUGGAAACCAGUUGGUCUUUUCCAAUGUUUACCAAUAUUUUCAAUGUCUCUAUUUUGUCAAACACAGUUGUUCGAUAUAUUUGAAACAAUUACAAAUGAAUCAUUGGAUAAGUUAAAUGCAGUAAUACGAUCAUCAAUGAAUAUGUGCACUAGUGUUUACAUUAGUGUUGGAAUUCUAGGAUAUAUUGCACAUUACGACUCAGUAUUAACAGGAAACAUUCUUACUAGUUUUUCCCAAUGCCUGUCCAGUGACAUAAUUAAAAUUGGUUUUGUUAUGUCUAUUGCUGUUAGUUUUCCUCUGGUCAUAUUUCCAUGCCGUUCAUCAAUAUACUCUCUACUUGCUACAAAAGAUUAUGUACUCGUAUCUGGAGGAAGACAACAUAUUGCAGAAACACCUUUCAAAUGCAUCACAUUUUUUAUAGUAUUAUUUUCCUUAGUUACCGGUCUAUUAAUGCCUAAUAUAGAAGUCGUAUUGGGACUGAUUGGAUCUACCAUAGGAGUUAUGAUAAAUGUUAUGUUUCCUUCUAUGUUUUUAGUACGUGUGGCAAAUAAAUGUCCUAAAGAAAGGUUUUGGGCUAGAUUCAUAUUUUUUGUGGGUAUUUUCAUUAUGGUAAUGGGAACUUCCGCUAAUCUUUACGCUAUACAUCAAACAUUCUCAAAUACGGUGAAAACAGUUCAUAGAGAAGCUGAAUCAUUGGUUGUUAAACCUAUGGAUACACAUCAUGACAUAAGUCCUAAAUUGAAAACAUCCGAAGAGAUAAGAGUUGAACCUCCUGUACCUGUGGAACCUAUUAUAAAAGCAAAUUCUGAAGUAAAACAAGAAAAAUCAGUUAAAGUAGAUAAUGGAAAUACUAUUAGUAAAGAUGCAAUUAACAAAGAAGAUGAGGAGUUGGAAAAAAGACCUGAAAUAGAAUUACUAGAAAAGUUAAAAAGUCACGAAAAAGAAGAGAAAAAAAUAUUAGCUGAAUCCAAACAAAUUUUAGAAGAAUUAAAAGGCGCUCGUCAAACACAGUUUGAAAAAAAUAAAAGAAAACUUGUUAACAAUGUAAAGGACUUAAAGAGCGAUAUGAAAAAACAAGAAAUUAAAAAAAAUUAUAUAUCUUUGGAUGAAAAAAAAAACAAAUUAGUUAAAGAUAAGUUGCCUUUACCGUUAGUGUUGAAAGAAGCCAACAGACCCAAUAAAACCAAAAUGGAAACAAAUAGAGAUAAACGAGAUUUGACGUCAACAGUGCAUAGCAAUACUGACGAGAAUGAAGAAAAUUGUAAUAAAAAAGAAAAAUCUGAAAAUGAAGAUGUCCCAAAAGUUAAAAAUGUUGAUAACAUAGAUAAUAUUGAAAAUAUAAGUAUAUCAAAUUGAAUAUUAAACCUUGUAAACAUACCCACUUCUUCUUCCCACCAUUCCCAUCACCAUGGUUGAUCUCUAUACUUUGCAAUACUUUAUAUAUAACUAUUAUAAUAUAAAUCUAAUAUGUACUUACCACAAUUAUUAAAGCUGCAAUAUUUUUUUAACCUUUUUGUGGACAAAUUUGUAUUAUUUUUAAUAUUUACUAUUAAGUAUUUACAACAUUGUUAUGUGUAUUAAAUUAAAAGUUCCUAUAUGGUUAACAGUAAUUACUAAUUACAAUUUGUAUUUAUUAUUUUCAUGUUACUAAAGUUAUAUAUAUUCACGGGGUACUCUCUAUGAAAUGGAAAACAAAAUAUUUGUUCGGCUAUUCAAAUGUAAUUACUGUUUAAUAUAUGCUUCUACGUGAAAUUUGAAUGUAUAACCUAUUAUAAUUAUGUAUAAUAAAAACUUCAUAAAAAUCUGUACGAUUAAA